GUUUACAACCGCCACUGUGCCACAUCAAUCCACAUCCGACACAUCAGAUUGAUCGAUGGACCACUCCAUUUGCGCCACAUUGGUCGACCGGAUAUAAGGCAGGCAGGAAGUAUUCGUCUUUCUUGUCCGCACACUUUUUUCCACCUCAGUCACGGUAGUUCUGCUCACCACAGUUAUCAUUGAACACCUAUCGUCAUGUCCCCUGCUGGAGAGACUGCCACAUCGUCUACUCCACCACGCGCCAAUGCACCAGCUGAAGGUGAUCGUAAAUUAGAGUCCACCCCAAACAGUCGUGGGGCUUCGGUCAUCAGCGAGAACAUCGGCUUGGUCGGUGUCCAGGUCAAGGAGGUCCGACCAUGGAUUCAGCGGGACAUCGAGCAGGCCAAGCAGUGCAAGGCAGAUGCCAUGCUGCAAGCCCUCCUACAGCGCGCGUCUUGUGCGCCGGAGACGAAGCAACCCGAGCUUCUGCAAAAGUGUCUCAAGGCAGUUCUACCGGUCUGUAACGGUGAUGUCUCUGCUGGAGGCAUGUCCUCCUCGGGCAUCGAGACAGCCCUGAAUGAAUACAUACGUCCAGGAGUAGAAAACAAAUUCUACAGCCCUUUUAUUGAGGCCACGAAUAUCACGCUCGCUUGUCUUGAAGAGAUCAAGGUUGACGGGAUGCGUGCUCCUGUAUCCGCGGUGGACAUGAUCUGCCAGCAGAACGAUAUGCCCAUGUACCAAACCCACCAGACGGUGACAUCAAUUCGGAAGCCCGAUAUCGUCAUCCUACCCUUGAAUAGCGCAUGCGCUCCUUUGGAGGAUGAAAAAGGCAGCAAGAAGGGUAAACAGAAAGGCAGACAGAAAGACGACGAGAAAGACAACGCGAAGGAUAACGAGAAGCACGACAUGAAGCGCAAGAAUCAUAUGGUGAAGAAUGCCAAGGAAAAACCGCCAGCGCCACUUCUUUGGGAAGAUGUUCUAGCUUGCAUCGAGUUCAAGAGAAAGACGCCAGGGAGAACGAAAGGGAUUAAGCCACCGCCCUCUUCAUAUACAGUGACAGACUAUAUUCCUACAAAACCAGAAUAUCUGCCGGUGGGUCAUCUGAAAGCUAAAGAGCCGUCACCAGACCCUUCGCAUACCCCAGCAAUACAAACUGCGUCCGACAGUGCAUUUCAAUCUUGCGGUCUUACUGCUGCACAGCCCUCCAAGGGUGGGUCCAGCUCCAAGCGCAAGGCUGCAGACACUUUACAAUCAGCUGCGAAAAAAUUCAAGGCUAACUCUGACGAGCUUGAUGUGACCGUCCAGACGGGUCUGUACGCUGCCGAAAUGUUCGCGGCCAAUCUUGCCGUCUAUUAUCUGAUUAAUUUCAUCGUCGUCGACGAUGUGAUCUGGAUCUGGUAUUAUGAUCGCCAGGGCACCGUUCAAUGCUCGGGCAUCAACUUCAUUCAAGAUCUCCCGCGAUACAUGGUACUGUUGUACGCGUUGCAACGCUUCGAGAUUCACGAUUGGGGCCGAAACAAGGACUUCCUGCCAGUUCAAGUUGAGGGGAAGCGAUGCCAUGAAUUCAAAAUCGAGGAUGAAGAUCUUGGAACGGUGGAUUUGUUGCUCCACACCAGCCACGACGACAGAGUGACGCACUACGGACUGCAAGGACGGGCCACCAAUGUGGUCCCUGUCACUAGUGAAGCGCUUGCGAAGAAAUACGCCAACUUCCAGGAUGGAAUGGUGGCCAAGAUAUUUUGGGGAGAGUCAGAUCGGACUAGCGAGCCGGAGAUCCUGAGAAGGGUUGAGGAGAUUGCCGAGAGGCACACAACUGUCCAAGGCCAUGUUCCCGAGCUCCUUUGGCACCACGCGUUCGCGAAUCCCACGUCCGCCAUCCGAGACGCGCUCGGUGUUCCGGAACCCACCAGGGGCAGUCGCGUGCUCUACAUUCUUGUAUUCCCCAAGCUCAAGCCAAUCACGGAGCUCUACGACAACCUGUGGUACCAGUGUAUUUUAUGCCACCUUACUCUGUGGAAAGAAGGGGUCUAUCAUCGUGAUGUUAGCCCUGGAAACUUGAUGUGGUACCAGAAAGAUGGGAAGCUGAUCGGUGUCUUAAACGACUACGAUCUCUCUUCGUUGGCGAAUGACCUGGGUCCGCGGGGCAACGAGCGUACGGGCACGGUACCAUUCAUGGCUGUCGAUCUGCUCACCGCAAGGGCUCAACGAGGUGAAGUCAAACACCUAUAUCGCCACGAUCUUGAGUCAUUUAUGUGGGUUUUUACCUGGAUUUCCUUGCGCUACGAUAACGGAGCCCUUCUAUCGGCUGGAUCGCGUCCCAUCGAUGCAUGGGCAACUUUCGACGCUGUGACAUGUGGCGAGAAGAAGCAAUCAUUUCUCAAUUAUAUCGAAGAUUUCAGACCCUCUCAUGUGAAGUCAUCGACUUGGUGUUUCAUUGUAGCUUGUUUCAAUGAGCUUGACAUGGAAGGCUGCAACCGACGUGUACGUCGACGAGUAUCGCUUAUAAAGGCAGGUGGCUCAUACGGGGAGACUAUCGAAGAGGAAUCAGUAUCAGAUAUGGAUAAUUUACUGGGAAAAUUCACAAACUCCACAGCCUGGGUUGAGCUCAACAACGCUUUCCGUUCACGGUGAUUUUGUUUAGUUGUUACACUACAUACUGCUUUCUGUGUUUCUCUGCCUGCGUUAGUUACCCAUGAAAUAGAUCGUAUUAUUUUUAGUCAUCGUCUCAAACUUUCACCGGCAGGGACUCAUUCCUCAUACCAAGGAAUACCUUG